GGAUGCUGGAGAGUUUAACCCUGUUGGGGAGUUUCUGUCCGAACUUUUACCCCAUCUUGGGAAAGAAAUAGACCUUUGAAUAAUCUAGCUUGAGUAUGGUAUAAAAUUUGGACCAAUUGACCUGACUCCUGGCUAGGAUCAGGGGUCAUGUGGACAGUGGUAGGCUUCGAGUGGUCCAAUAAAAUCCAAAAGAAGAAGUAGCCUCAGGGGCCUGAACGAGGGGUUCAUUGGGACCUGGGGUCAGGUUGCAGAAGAUAGCCUCAGUUUUCCCCAUCUGAAGAAUGGGUUAGUGGGAUGAGCUACUGGGAGCUGAGAAGCCAGAGCCCUUGACCAAAAGGUCUUUAAAGUGAGGAAGUGACAAGGGAAGUCAGGAGUAGACCCCACACCUUCAGGAUACCCCCUUCAUGUAUCACCAGUCCAUACCUUAAGCCUGUUGCCAACACACACACACAAUCUUUUAGAACCAGCUUUAGGCUAAGGACUGAGACCAUAGACACCCCCCCCCAUUCCUCCGCCAACACAGACUGGGCCCCUGGGAAGGGUAAGGGUGAGCGGUUCCGGCUGCCUCUAUUUCUACAUCUCUGUGUUUCUAGGUCUGUGGUUCCCAGUCUCCUUUUUGUCACCUCCCUCUCUGUCUCUUUUGUCUGGGUCAGUAGCUCUCUGUCUCUGUUUCUCAUUCACUGUUUCUCAUCCAUUCUUGCCUGUGUUUCUUUCUCAUCAAAGUUCUUUCCACAUCCUCUCCCCUCUCUUCUUGCUAAGUAUUUCCCUGUGUCUGUGUCUGUGGGUCUCUCUCUCGUCACCCACCCCCAUAUCCAGGUGGAAGUUUUCAACAAAAUCAAAGGCAGGCAGGGCAGACGAAGGCCAAGCCCUGGGCUGACGCCUCCAGCACACACAGGGAGGGAGGGAGAGCCCUGGGGAAGUCUGGAAAUCGUUACCCCUGAGGUAGGCAGGCCUGGCAGAGGGAGGAGGGGGCUGAGAGAGUUGGGACCCCGUAGGAAAGGGGACUGCUUCUCAUGGAUUCCCUGAUGGCAGUGGGUGGUCUCCGUCCUCCUCCCCCUCCGGGUCUCCGUCUCCCCCAGGCCGGGUUCUCUGUGUCUCUAAAAUUCCCUACAAUUUGAGCUAUUCCCCCUUCCUUCCUCCUCCCCCUUUCAACCCUUCACUCUCUCUCUGGAACUCCCCUCCCCCAUUUCUCUGAGUUUCUGUGCCCUUCCCUCAAAGUCCCAGUCGCUCUGAGCCUGGGUCUCUUUCUAACUCCGUCCAACCAUUUACACACCUGCAGGCCUUCCAUUGGCUGAGCUCAGGGUGGGCGGGUUCUGUUACCUGGGGCAACAGGAACAACAAGCCUGCCCUGGCGUGGCUCCCCCGCAGGGGUGGGACCAUGGCUGGUCGGACCCUAGCUCUGCGCUACGGUCCCCCAUGGUCCCCAAUCUCUGGGACCGAGGUGCCUGGAUCCUGGCCCAACUGGCAUCUCACCAGCAGUGGUGUCGCCCACCACGUUAUCCCGCCUGUUUCCUUUCCCCCGCCCACUGUGCAGUACACGGUAGCGGAGCCCCUGCCGCCGGCCGCCAAGCAGGAUUUGCACAUCUGGGAUUUUGAUGAGGUCAUCAGCAGAUGGGAGACAACCUCUGGCUCGGCUUACGUGCCUAAGCAGCACGGCGGGCCCUACGCACAGCCCAGGGCCCCAGAGCCUUCGGACCCCACGAGAACUGUGGGGAUCAAGGAUUUAGACGAAAAGCUCAGACACCGUGGCUGGCGCCUCCCGCUGAUCACGAAGCACCAGUGCAGUGAGAUGCGGGCGCAGUACACGGGCUGGCCCGACCCGGAUCAGCAGCGCCCCACCUUCUACGUCGGGCCCCAGCCCCUGGAGCUUGCGGAGCACCUUCGCGGAGGCCCUUCCCAGGCUUUAAUCCCUUGGACAAAGAACCCCGAGCUGGCCGGCCGGCCUUUCACAGUGUCUGACCAGGGCAUCUUGGACCGCCGUCAGCUCUAUCUGACCACCUCGGCCAAGGACUUCCGGACCUACCCGAAGAAGGAGUUAUCUAGAUAUCCCGGCAAGGACUCGCUGACCUCCUGGAGCUUUGACAAGACGCCUCAGGCCUGGGGCCAUGACCCACAGAGGCCACCCUGUCCGCGCCCCUCUCGGCCGCCAGGGAUCCGCGUGCCCCACGUCCACACGGUGACGACUGUAGUGCCACAUCGCGGGGCGUUGUCUCUGGCUCAGGAGUCCUACAGACCCCCACUGCACCCCCUCCUCGGGCUCGACCGUUUCUGCUCGCUGGAGCUGCCCUGGGGCGGCCCCCACUGGAAGCCAAUGUCGGGGAUCUACAGCCUGCCGCAAGCCUACCGCACUGAGAACUCCACCUACGGCAGCAUGAAGCCAGCCGGGGUCUGAGCCCACAGCGCCAGCCCCGCCCUGGACACGCCCCCCCUCCCCGAGCGCGGAGCUAAAGGACCGCGACUGGUAGCAUAUUAGGCGGGGCUAAUAUCGGGAACCCCGCCCAUUACGUGGGAGUGAGACCAGGACCCGCCCACUGAGUUGUGGGCGGGGCGACUGUCUACACUUGACCACACUGCUGACGGGGGCUGGGGAGACGGGGCAGGGAGGUGGGAGCUGAGCGAGAAAAAUGAACUUUGGGGCUGUAGGCUCGCGGGCGGGACACGCCCUCUGCGACAGAGGGGGCGGAGCUUCUUAGUCAACUACAGAGUUAAAUAGCCUAAACCAUGCCCAUUGCUGGUGUCGGCUCUGGGAGCCUGGGUUUGUGGGGAAACGGGGCUCCAGCUGAAUCCCUUGCGGAAGGAAGGCGCAUCUGCCUGCGGGUGGCCACAGAAUCCAAUACUGAAGCCACGCCCCUCUUAGGGUUUAGACGGUGGUACAGGAAUGGCUUUCAGUCUAUGGCAGGUGGAGAGGGGCUGACGUCUCAGCCAGUUGAGGGCCCUUGGAAGGGGCUGACCUUCAGCCUGCCUUGGUGCCCACCAUAAGGGGCACAGGCCAGGCUACACCGCCGGGGGCAAGGCCAAGUGCUCCCUCUGGCCUAUUACCUAGGACCCGUACAGGACUUUGCCAGCCCCGGAGGAUUGAGGCCGUGAAGUCAGCUUCCCCGUGGGCGUGUCCCGCUUCUUCUUCGUGUGGGAGCCACUCAGGGAGCGGGGGGAAGGGGUACUCCAAGGAACCACUCCUGCACACCUCCCUGACCUUUUCUGCUUCUCGCCCCCGGAAAGAUUAGUGUCCAGGUUACCCCAUCAUGCCGCCACCCCCAGUGGCCUUGCCGCCUCCACAGCCUCCAAAUAUAAGACCAGGUAAACCUCACAGGGAAGGCACUGAGAAUGGAGACGCUCCAGGUAAGACUGCAGAGCCCCUGGGCACCUUGCAAGUCCAACCGGCCUGCAGGUCCAACCGGCCAUAGCUGGUACAAAGAGGGAGAGUUCUGUGACCCGAUGAAGGAGGCUUCCUUCUAGAAGGGUGUGGAUGGCCAACAGGCUUCCCACCAGGAGGGAAGCAGGUGAACCAUGGCCUGAAGGGGGGAAUAUGAGAAGUUGGGGAGUAUCUGGGGUUCCCAAGUAUGGAACGGGGAAUCACAGUGGGAGGGUUGGGUCCCGAAUAGAAGAUGCCAGGUAGGGGAUGGGAAGGUAAGGGCUCAGGGUAGAGGGGUCCAGCUGGCUCUGAGACACUGGCCUUGUCCCAGGGGCUGCUGCUGUGGCUGCUGCUG